GAGGAGCGCGGAGCGGAGCGGAGGAGCUGGAGACCGGGCUGCUGCUGUUCUUUGCGCUCGCGGUGCGUCUGGAAGGAGGCGCGUGCAUUUAUCCGCAGAGGCUGCUGCGUUUUUUUUGCGCACGGCUGUGUUUGUGAUGGUGAUGAUGAUGAUGAUGGUGGUGAGGAAGAUGAUGGUGGUGAUGAUGAUGGUGAUCGUGCGGAGGGAGCCUGGCGCGCUCGCGCGGAUUUGCUCAAGUUUUUCUGGAUGACUUUCCUCGCGCGCUGCGGCACGAGAAGCCCCCCAACACCCCGGUGGAUGUCCGGCUAGUUUUCGGUUUUACGCACGGAGGCUUCGCUUUUGGAGACGGACUUUUUGCGCGCGAGCGUGUGUGUGUGUGUGUAUGUUAGAGUGUGUGUUAGUGUGAGUGUGUGUGUGUGUGUUCGUGUGUAUAGCUCUGUGAGUGUGUGUGUGUGUUGUAGUGUGUGUGUGUGCGUGUGUGUGUGUGUGUGUGUGGCGCGACAUGCUGCAUGGUGAGAGCCGGGGAGGAGGAGGAGGUACCGGCGGCGCGCGCGGCGCGAGUCCCGAGGAGACGACGCGGCUCGUGGAGUGAAGGAUCCGGUGUACGUGUGUGUGUGUGCGCGCGUGGUGUACGCGCGCGGAUGCAGGACGGUGGAUCGUGGACGGACAUAAAACGCGCGGACGCUCGUGCACAGUGAUGGGCUCUGUUAUGCGACAGCGAUGGUUCGUGGUGCCGCUGCUGGUGCAGGCCUGGCUCUCCGCAAGUUUCUGUUACGGUGAGCGCCCAUGCCCUCGGAGUUGCCGCUGCGAUGGCAAGAUCGUGUACUGCGAGUCCAGCGCUUUCCGCGAUGUGCCCAAGAACCUCUCCGGCGGGUGCCAGGGCUUGUCCCUACGCUACAACAGCUUGGCCAGCUUACGCGCCGGCCAGUUCGUUGGACUCAAUCAGCUUAUUUGGCUCUAUCUGGACCAUAACUACAUUGCAAACGUGGACGCUCGGGCCUUUCAAGGAAUAAGGAGGCUCAAAGAACUCAUCCUGAGCUCGAACAAGAUCACGCUCUUGCAUAACACCACCUUUCACCUGGUACCAAAUCUGAGGAACCUGGAUUUGUCCUACAACAAACUGCAGGCUCUGCAGCCGGGACAGUUUCAAGGCUUGCGCAAACUCCUCAGUUUGCACAUGCGGUCCAACUCCUUGAAGAACCUGCCGUCUCGACUUUUCCAGGAUUGCCGCAACCUCGAAUUCCUCGAUCUUGGCUACAACCGUCUGCGCAGCAUCACGCGCAACGCAAUGUCUGGGCUGCUGAAGCUGACCGAGCUGCAUCUGGAGCAUAAUCAGUUCUCCAAGAUCAACUUCUCCAACUUCCCGAGGCUUUACAACUUGCGUGCCCUUUACCUGCAGUGGAAUCGCAUCCGGACCAUGAGCGAGGGCCUCACGUGGACCUGGACAUCUCUGCAGAAGUUGGACCUUUCCGGGAACGACCUACAGGAGGUAGAGCCAGAGGUUUACCAGUGUAUGCCGAACUUGCAGACCCUUAAUCUGGAUUCCAACAAGCUGGUGAACGUCUCUCAAGAGGCAGUGUCCUCCUGGAUAUCCCUGACCAUGAUCAGUCUUGCUGGAAACAUGUGGGAUUGCGGCCCUGCCAUUUGCCCGCUAGUGACCUGGCUCAUAAACUUCCGCGGAAACAAGGAGACUCCCAUGAUUUGUGCCUCGCCCAAGGAGGUCCAAGGUGAGAAGGUAAUGGAUGCUGUGGAGGCAAGUGGAGUUUGCAGAGUCGCCCUUCUUACUCCUUCAGUUUCCAGCUCUACGUCUACACUUUCCAGUACCCCUGCUCUGAAUGUGAUUGCUCCAUUCGCGCCAACGCUUCAAUCCGGAGGCAGCAGAAAGGGCAAGGGAACGUCCUUGCAACACCCUACCCCUUCAAGACCGCCGCAAUCGGAUGUCUCUCCACCCGAGCAAGAUUUCGAGCCAGUGUCCUUCCACAAGAUCGUGGCAGGAAGCGUUGCCCUGUUUUUAUCUGUUGCGAUGAUCCUCCUGGUGAUUUACGUGUCGUGGAAGCGCUACCCAAGCAGCGUCAAGCAGCUGCAGGAAAACUCGUCAUCGGCUCGCAAGCGACGGAAAAAGUCUAGGGAGACUGAACGUACGCUCAGCACGCCCUUGCAGGAGUACUAUGUGGACUACAAGCCAUCAAGCUCCGAGGCCACAGAUGUUCUGGUCAACGGAACGGGGCCGUGCACCUACACCAUCUCCGGUUCCAGAGAAUGCGAGGUCCCUCACCAGAUGAGCGCUCUGACCUUCUACCGCUAUGAGCAGCCCGUGGUGGAUUACUGCCAGGCCCACCAGCCUCUGCGUCUCAACAUGAGCUACGAGGGUCCGCCGCAGGGCCUGGAAGGGCUGGACGAGUUAGCGCCCCGCGAGAGGAGCACCAUCCAGACCGUGGCGCUGCCCGCGGUGCCCCCGUCCGGCUCGGGCACCCUGGGGCACCCGCGCUCCCCGCCAACCAUCCGAGCUCCGGGCGAGGGGCCCAGCAUCCCGUAUCCCAGUACAGAACGCUCCAUAAGCUACCCGACCACUGAGCGGCCCACCAGCACCCUCACGUUCGGACGCUAACCCCCUAGCGCUAAAGUUAAAGCACCAGGCGAGAGGGUGAGGGGCAGAUCUUUGGUGCGGGUACAUUGUCCCAAUGUUCUACACUCCAAGAGGGGGUAAAACUGUGUGAAGUGUGUGAAGAAAACUUCUUCUUCUGACACUCCUGACACAUCUGGACACGACUGGAUGCUAAUGCUAAUGCUAACGUUAAUGCUAAUAGUAAUGCGCCACACUACAAGGAGGAUGAGGAUGGAUGUACGAGAGGCUGUUCUUUUGUUUGGAGAUACAAAUCCAGGAUUAGGAAAAAGGAAAGGGGCGCAAAAACUUCAGGAGGAUUCUUCUUCUACUUUAGCCUCUUCUUCUUGAACUUCUUCUUCUCGGAGCGAACUUCUUCUGAGUCUUCUAGAUGAGCUGGGGAAACGAAAUAAUGGAAAACAACACACAUGCACACACUUUCACACACCGAAUGAACGAAUGGGUUCCAGAAAAUGGCCAAGAGAUUCAGACGCUCAAUACAAGCCCGUUGCAGCGAGCUCCAUGUACGGGAGAUGGGAUUCCAUUUCAUUUGUGUUCCUCUAUUCUCCUUUUUGCUUUAUCUUUUCCUUUGUGUUUUUUUUCUCUUCUCUCACUGCAAACACACUCUUUCUAAGUCCUACUCAAUGGGAAAUUGAAAGCCGAUGCAACAUGCAUGGCGCGUUAAACAUCGCUUUGGUUCCCCAUUCUGCCUCUUCUUCUUCGCAACAGCCCAACAGGACGUCUCCUCUGAGGAGCUGAUAAUGGCGAUUCGCUCACGCUGCGAGAAGAAUGAAAAGGAAUGUGCAAUAAACAAGUUUUUUUUUUCCUCUCUGUCUGUGGUGGAGAAAGGGGAGAUCGAGAAAGGGGUGGAGAGGAGGGAGGGGUGGGGAGAGGGCGGAAAGUCGAAAGAAAAGGAGGGCAGCAUGGGAGAGAGGGAAUGAAACAAAUUAAUAUUUACCCGAGCUCAGAGACCUCUCGCUGUUAUUCUCAUUUAAGUUAGCAGUCAGCGGUCAUAAAUGGUGUCAUUAUUUGAUUAAAAAGAUGUCCGUUCAGACAUGAGCCUUUCAGAUGUAGAGAAGAAGAGAGGACGAGACAGAUAGAGACAGACUGAGAAAGAUAGAGAAAAAAAAGAGAGAGAGAAGGAGGGCGGGAGCUGGAUUAGCCGGACAAGCUCCCU